GCGCGGACGGCGCUGUGAGUCGCGGGCACCGGGCACGACGCGCUCGCCGCUCCCGGACUUGGUCCGCCGCGGCCCGGCGCUCGCCCGGCCGUCCCUCGCAGGGGCCAUGCGGCUGUCCCUCCUGCUCGCCGCGGCGGAGAAGGCCGCAGUGCACCGGGGCUACCGCUACGGCAUGAACCGGCCCGGGUCGGUGGCCGACAAGCUCCAGAACCCGCCGUGGAGGCAGCGCAAGAAGGUGUUCGUGGAGCCCAUCCGCGACGAGGACUGGAAGGUGUUCCGCGGCGACACGGUCCAGAUCCUCACUGGGAAGAAAGACGUCGGUAAACAAGGGCUGGUGAUUCAGGUCAUCCGGGAACGGAACUGGGUGGUGCUGGAGGGGCUCAACUUGCAUUAUCGCUACGUGGGCAAAACUAGCUCUUACCGUGGGACGUACGUGGCCAGCGAAGGCCCGCUGCUGGUGCGGCAGGUGGCCCUGAUUGAUCCUGCCGACAGGCAGCCCACAGAGGUGGAGUGGCGCUACACAGAAGAGGGCGAGCGAGUGCGCGUCUCUCUCAGGACUGGUAGGAUCAUCCCCAAGCCACCGGAACAGAGGGAAGACGGCAUCAUUCCUGAGCAGUGGAAAGACGGCCCGAAGGACACGUCGGUGGAGGAAGCCCUCGCGAAGACCUACGUCCCCUCCUUGAAGACGUUCCAGGAAGAAAUCAUGCAGCUCAUGGGGAUCGUUGAGACACGGUGCUUCAGGAAAUCUUACUGGUAUUAAUGGUUGCGUGAGGCAGCCUGGUCAAUGGAAGACAUUCUGCCCCUUCGAGGGCCGGGGUCUCCUAAGCCCCCUUUGAAAUCUGCAUUAAUAAAGCUUUUUUGCCCUGA